CAUUUAUUUAUUUAUUUAUAGGUGUUGUGUUCCCAAUGUUGCAAUCAGAAAACUCGUCUUCCUCAUUUAGAUAAUAAAGAGGCUAGGGUAUGUCAACACUGUCUUGCUGUUUUAGUUCGAGGAGAUAAGCCAAAAGGAGAACCAAAACAAGUAAUGUUUUCUGAUGGCAUCAGGCCUGGUGGAGAUUUAACUGAUCAGUCGGAAAUAUUGGAUCAUCCUCCUCCAUAUCGUCGUCAAGGUAGAGUUCAAAGAAGAAUUGAGAAAACUUCUACAAUUGAUAAUAGUACUCAGAAUUCAACUAUAGUUUCUGGUAAAAAACAUAAAGCAUCACAAUUAAAAUCACGUAUCAAAAAAGUUAUUGUAACUGAUUCUGAUGGUCCACUCUCACCAAUUCUAUUGCCACCAGAUUUAAGCUCAGAGGGAAAACCAGAUCUGGAAAAAUUAAUCAAUUGGUUAACAGAUGAACAAUGCAGACCAAUUGUUUUUGCCUUAACUAAAAAUUUGCAUAUUUUGGCAAAAAUUGUUAAAUUGGAUUGCUGUAUUGGAAAGGAAUGUUGGUGUUUCACUAGUAAUGGUUUAAAUACUGUUGGACAAGACGAAGUAAUGGUUAUAAUUGAAAGGUUGUCUAAUGAAAACACUAUUCCAAGGGAUAUAUUUCGAUUUUUUAGCAUGUUGUAUGAUAAUGCUAGCAAAGGUGUGACGGUUGGAAAUUUAGGCCAUUUGUUAUUUCCUGAAGGAAUUCUUGGAAGUAGAGAGCACAGUGGUUUUUUAUUUGUUCGUCAUACAUUUCAGUGCCUAGGGAAAUUAGUGCUUCCUUCUGCACCUUUUUUGAUUGCCUUACUCAUUCAAAAAUGGGAAGUUCCAUGGGUGAAAGUAUUUCCUUUGCGUCUUAUGCUUAGAUUAGGAGCAGAAUUCAGAUAUUAUCCAUGUCCACUUAUCAGUGUAAGAUAUCGAAAACCUGUAUAUUGUGAAAUAGGACAUACCAUAAUGAAUUUACUGGCUGAUUUUCGGAAUUAUCAGUUUACUAUUCCUAUGAUACCUGGAGUUUUUAUACAUAUGGAAGAUAAAAAUACUACUGUCAAUUUCCCCCGUAACACUUAUGAAAAGGUAAUGAAAGUAUUAAGUAAUAGCAAUGAUCAUGUUUUGGCUUUGGCAUCAAAUUUCUCAUCUGAAGCAGAUUCUCAUUUAGUCUGCAUACAAAAUGAAGAUGGAAAUUAUCAAACUCAAGCCAUUAAUAUUCAAAAUACUCCUAGAAGAGUGACUGGAUCCAGUUUUAUUGUAUUUAGUGGAGCUUUGAAAGCAUCAACUGGAUUAACUGCAAAAUCUAGUAUUGUUGAAGAUGGUUUAUUGGUGCAAAUACCUUCAGAUACAAUGUCAGAUUUAAAAAAUGCUCUUAGAGAUAUGAAAGAUUUUACUAUUGGAUGUGGAUUAUCUAAUGCUCAACAACCUGAAGUUAUUUUGUUACAAUGGACAAAAGAUGAUAAAUCAUUUAAUAUAGGAGUUAGAAGUCCAAUUGAUAACAGAAGUCUCGAAGGCAUUCAGAGUAUCCGCAUUCAUACCGGAACAGAUUAUGCUGGUGAAUAUCAUUUAAUAAGAUGGACAGAAGUAUUUUUCUUGCAGAUGGAUGAAUCAGGAAACAGGCAACAAACUGAACCAGCAGAUCCUAGUAGAUUAGCAGAAGCUGUAGCUCAGGCUUGCUGUCAAGCAUUAACUCCACAUUUAGAAUGGCUAGCCGAAGCAGAACUUAAUAAAAUAGGAUUAAGAGUAACGCUGGAUGCUGAUAAAGUUGGAUAUGAUAUUGGUGCAGCGGGAGAACCUCUUCCAAGUAUGUACAUGAAUGCUUUAGACAGUGCUCUAAUUCCAGUCAUCACUUGUGCCUCUACUUCUAAUCACGAAAAUCCUAUUGUUCUGGAACUUAUUUUUCACGUCCUACUGAAAUGAAAAUUUGUUAAUAAACUAGCCUUAACCAAAAUGUGAUUUCCCAUCUCCAAAUGACAGUCCACUUGUCUUUGGCCCAAAAAUUGUAGGAAGAUCACUUUGCAGUGCCCAUAACCAAGAAGAGCCUUAAAGUUAAAUCUUAGUGCAAUAUUGGAAGGCAAACGUGUAGUAGUAAUUUUGGCGUUUGUUGCAUCAAAAGAAAACGAAGGAAAAGCUGCGUGUUGGCCACAAUUUAAAUGGGUACAAAAUGACAUAUUUAAGAAACGUCGUGUUUUGUUGUAUUUAUCCAUCAAAAACAGAAAUUUUAUCAUAUCUAGAAUUAUAAAACUGCUUGUUUAUAAAUUUUGAAAUAUACAAUUCAAUAACUUCCUAAGGAAGAACAUCUAUCAAAGUUUAAUAUCAAUGAGAUACACAAGUAAUAUUUAAUAGCAUAACGUUCGAAUUGAAUAUUCGGACAACAUUCCUAAAAUACAGAUUUGUAGAUUUAAAAGAAUAUUUUAAAAGAAAAAAUUUUGUCCUAUAAAAUGUAAAAAUGAAAACCAUAAUCUAUAGAAUAAUUAAAUUCUUGUAUUUUAUGAAAAUGUUAAUUUUUUCC